AUGUCCUCUGCAAAUGUGCGAUGGCUGAGGGGGGACCAUUUUGAGGCGUUAAGUAACGGGGUGUCGUUUGGAAUGCCGUGGCCGCAAGGGGUUUAUCGAACAGGCCAGAAAUUUGACCUCAAAGCUGGAGAAAACAUUUACCCAGUCGACUCUCGCGAAAUUGCGUAUUGGACCGAUGAAUCGUUGAAAUGGACUCUUCAUUCUAUCAGCAGCCAUGUUGAUUAUCAUGAGCAAUACGCGCUGGAAGCCUCAAGUCGGGGUGAAGAUGCACCACCGGGGGUUUGGGUUGAGCGAAAGGCAGGCAUUUCCGUGAAAUCGCGUCACGGCAUGCAUCUUGAUUUCCAUUCCGGCGACGCGUCUGUCCUGGAAAAUAUGGCAAUUCACGGUGAAACAGUUUGCUCUGGCGCAACAGUGGUCGCGUCGAUUGAUGGAGUCGAAUAUGGGACGCAUGUUGUGUCGGUAGAAGUUGAGAAUGAGACUUCACACAGAGUGGUUAUUAAGGUCUCCGCAGUGAUGGUCACUGGGACUCUUUCCACUUCACAUCUUCCAUUCGACCUCCGCUUUUACAUAUAUUCGGAUUCGCCUACGGUGAAAUUGGUGCAUUCUUUCGUUCAUGAUCUGGAAGCAAAUCAGCCACUAACGUCUCUUGGGCUUCGGUUCUCGGUUCCUCUGUCACGGUCGAAGUUCUACAACCGUCAUAUCAGACUCGGAGGGUCAAAGGGAGGAAGUUGGAAAGAAGAGGUCCAAGGUCUCUCGGGUCUAUGGCAUGGCCCAAAAGAACAUGUGCGAGCUGAUCAAAGCUGCGGCAAAGCAGUUGUACUCUCCCAGGAAGAGUGGGAGGGAAAUGACCUCAAUCGUGAUCUCUCCUUCGUCCCGUUUUGGCGUGACUACUCACUCUCUCAGCUUUCAUCUGACGGGUUCACAAUUAAGAAGAGAACCCAGCCCGGCUGCGCAUGGGUGAAGACUAUCGGUGGAGGUCGCGCGGAUGGAACGGCGUAUGUGGGCUCUGCAGAGUACGGUGGACUCGCGGUCGGUAUGUCGGACUUUUGGGAGCGCUAUCCCACGCAAAUAGAUCUCAGCGAGCUUGACGCCCAGGACGGGGUGAUCACGCAAUGGCUUUACUCGCCUUUAGCCGAGCCAUUAGACACAUCCCCUUAUCAUGACGGCCUUGCUUCGAACUCUUAUCCCGAUCAACUCGAAGCAUUGAAUGUGACCUAUGAAGACUAUGAGCCUGGUUUCGCAACCGCUAAUGGAAUUGGCCGCACAAACAUAGUUUUCUUGAGAGCAUACCAGUCCACGCCUUCAGCCGAGCAAUUCGGUCUAUUUUCCUCUUUCGUUCGCGAUCCACCACUACUUCUGUCGACACAAAUACAUAUGCAUGCAACUGGGGUAUUCCAUGGCUGUUGGGCACCUGAGUCUCGGAAUCUCGGAUUGAAGGUCACACAGAAAGAGACAGACAUUGAGAACCGUCUUGAUCUGUUGUUCAACUUCUACAAGAAUCAGAUCGAGCAGAACCGAUGGUACGGAUUUUGGGACCAUGGUGACGUGCAACAUACCUACGAUCCCUACCGAGGUGCAUGGAGAUAUGACGUUGGCGGAUUCGCAUGGGAUAACUCGGAGUUGUCUACGGACCUGUGGCUUUGGACCUAUUUCCUACAUACGGGGCGACCUGAUGUGUUCAAGGUUGCCGAAGCGAUGACGAGGCACACCGGCGAGGUUGAUGUCUAUCACUCUGGAAGAUUUAAAGGAUUCGGAACCAGACAUGGGGUACAGCAUUUCAGCGACAGUUCAAAGCAGCUUCGAAUCUCGAACGCCCUGUACCGCCGGUUUUAUUUUUUCCUCACUGGUGAUGAGCGUACCGGCAACCUUAUCACCCAGCUACGAGAUGCGCAAAACGCACUUCUUACAUUGGAUUCGCACCGCAAGGUCCAGGCACAUGCAAAAAUCCCCGAGGGAUUUGCCAUGACCAAUAUUGGGCUCGACUGUGGCGCACUAUUUGCGACGUGGCUCACAGACUGGGAAAGAAGAACGACUGGGUGGACUCAAUCCGAGCAACUUAUAGUGAGCCUUCUUGAAGGAAUUUCAAGUCUAGACCACGGACUUGCCGCCAACGCCAUUCUGCUGAAUCCGACCAGUGCAGAAGUCCGGCCGUGCCCGCCACCAACACCGGCAUAUUCAAUUUCUCAUUUGUCUAUGCUUUUUGGUUUCCCUGAAAUUAUCGCUGAGGUGCUGCACUAUUUACGCGACAAGUAUCCUCAAGUUGUUGAAAAUUUCAUUAGAGUAUGGAUCCCAUACUGUCGUGCAUAUAACGGAGGGCAUGAGAUACAGCGCUCCAAGUAUGGAUUCACUUUUCCGAAACGGGCAACGUGGAGACAGAGCCAUUCCACAUUGACGGCAUUUGCUGCAAGAUGGGGGAAUGAUGAAAGUCUUGCUGAGAUGGCAUGGGAACAAUUCUUUCACAUAGACGGGUUUACCAUGUCGCAUGAAUUCACAUUCACACAGACUGAACCGCCAGAGUAUUUCAGCGAAGGAGAGGAAGCAAAAUGGAUCACUACGAAUGAGGCCGCCCGCUAUGGCGUGUCGGCCAUUUCAAAUCUUGCCAAUAUCCGAAGCUUCCUGACUUGA